AAGAAGAAUGAGGCGGAGAAGCUGUGAGUUGUGGUGAUUAUUAAACAUCAAGACGGCACACCUGGACUCACCCGGUUCCUCCUGAGUUCUGCCCGUCCGGCUAGGCCGCCAUCGCUCUACUGCGAUGUGUCAGGUGGAGGAAGAGUACCACGAGCAGUUGGAGCGCGUGGACAGACUCAGCCUUUCCCAGAAAUGUAUGAAAUGCAAGGAGGAGCCAGCAGUGGUGGUGGUCAGAGCAGGAGAUGCCUACUGCAGGAGCUGCUUCAGGGAGAGCUUCAUUCAUAAGUUCAGAGCCAUGCUGGGGAAGACCAGAGUCAUCUUCCCAGGAGAGAAGGUCCUGCUGGCCGUAUCUGGAGGUCCCUCCUCCUGCUCCAUGCUCCGUCAGGUCCAGGAGGGUGUGGGCCACAACGCCCAUAAGAAGCUGAGGUUCCUGCCUGGGAUCGUUCACAUAGACGAAGGGGGCGCUCUGGGUCAGUCUAUAGAGAUGAGACGGAAGAAGACCUCAGAUCUCCAGCAGAUGUUCAGAUCUACUGGCUUCCCGUUCUACAUUGUCCCUCUGGAGCAGGUUCUGGACCUUCCUGGUUCCGUUCUGGUGGCUCCCUCGGCGCGGUCAGACCGACCGGAUUCUGCCUACAAGGCGGCUGUGGACCUGUUCCUGCAGAGCGGCGGCGGUUCGGACCCAGCGGGCCCUCGACAGGAGAAUGGUCAGGAGUCCCUGCUUGAUGUCCAUGAGUCUCGGACCCGUUUGCUGGAGCAACUGAUGGACUCAGUUCAAACCCAGACGGCUAAACUGGACCUCCUGAACACACUCAGGCAGCACCUGCUGGUCCAUACGGCGCGGAAACACAGCUACAGCAAACUGAUGCUGGGAGACAGCUGCACCAGACUUGCUGUGAGACUGCUGACCAGCAUCUCACUGGGCAGGGGGGCCCAGCUGGCUCAGGACACGGGUUUCUCUGACUGCAGGUACGGAGAUGUGGUGGCGGUCCGGCCCAUGAGGGAAUACUCCGCCAAAGAAAUCGCUUUCUACAACCACCUGUUCAAGGUUCCCACCGUGGCCGUCCCCAACCUGGAAACCAAGACGUCCGAUAAGUCCAGCAUCCAGCGUCUGACGGAGAGCUUUGUCACCAAGCUGCAGACAGACUUCCCCUCCACCGUCAGCACCAUCUACCGAACCGGGGAGAAGCUCCAGACGGCCUGCAGGUUCUCCUCUGCUGCUGAGGACUCGGACCGGUGCCUGCUCUGUCUGAGCAGCCUGGAACCUGGUGCUGAGGAGGCCUCGGCGCUCCAGGCCACCCUGCUGUCGGAGCGCCUCUCUCAGACCAGAGGUCCUCUGAGCUCAGUCCCAGUGGAACCAGAACCAGCUGCAGUGGGACGGUGCUGCUCCUCUGGACCCUGUGGGGGGGCAGACUGUAAUGCUGGCUGCUCUUCUUCUCCAACGGGCCCCCAGGUGGCCGGGAUGAGGAGCCUGCUGUGCUACAGCUGCCAGCGGACUGUCAGAGACAUGUCCUCCGUUCAUCAUCUUCCUCCUUACGUCCUGUCAGAGGCUCACAGAAGGCAGAAGCGGUCUGCGAUGAAGGAGCAGAUCAGCCAGUUCCUGCUGGACGGUGCUGAGGAACACGACUAGAGACGACGAAGAUGGGAUGAUUGUUUUAUCCUUCAUUAAUUUGAUCAAUAAAGUGGAUGUUUCCAGAAAGCAGCCUCUGUGGAGCUUCAAUGUUUCAGCGGAGAACGUAGCUCAGUGAAACGCCAGGAUCAGAAAGAGCUCCAUGGUUUUCCUCACAGGUUUGAUUCUGAUGUGAAGAUGUGGAUGAAGUCAUGGAGGAGGAAGAUUCUCAUGGAAAACAGACCCAUUGGAUCUGCCUUUUUUUUGUACACCGAAUAAAAAAAAAAUUAAACAAUGAAAAUUCCUUACACUGAAUUUUUAUCUAGUGAAAUUUCAGCUGCAAAAAAAAAAUCCUCUGCAAAAAUAGCUAGAAGCUGCUUGACUGCAUUAAGUGUAGAUUGCUUUAGCUUGAGUUCACCAAAAGGUCAACACAUUUCGGAUAGAAUUCUUUGCAGGCAAUGUUUUUUGCAGCUGAUAAAAGUUCAGUGGUUAAAAUUCAGUGCAUAAUAAAAAAAAAAAAAAUGCAGAUUCCAG